UGACUGAAUCUCGUGAAAAGCCUCACAGCGGAUCAGUGCAAUCUGCAGCCCUUUGCUCCGGAUCGAGCGGCUCAGUGUUUCAGUAACUCGGUUUCCGCCGCUGAACAUGAACACUCGUGCUGUUGUGUUGGUGUUUGUGCUGAUAUGUCACGGAUCCGACGGCGUGUUUCUUGAUAAAGAUGACGCCAGCUCGGUGCUGCAGCGCGUCAGACGCGCCAACUCCGGCUUCCUUGAGGAGAUGAAGCGCGGGAAUCUCGAGCGCGAGUGCGUCGAAGAAACCUGCGACUAUGAGGAAGCGCGCGAAGUGUUCGAAGACGACACGAAGACGAAACAGUUUUGGUUGAGUUACUCUAAUAAGGAGCCCUGCUUGACCAAUCCGUGCAAGAACAAUGGCACAUGCAUCUAUCUGGCCAACACCUACUACUGUCUGUGUCCGGAAGGCUUCGAGGGCAAAUACUGUGAGAAGGGGUUUGAGGAGAUGCUGAAGUGUCAGUAUGUGAACGGAGGCUGCGAGCAGUUCUGUGACGAUUCCGGACCCAGACGCACAUGCAGCUGCGCCGCGGGAUACGAACUGGGAGCUGAUGGGAUGUCAUGUGUUACUGCAGUCGAAUAUCCAUGCGGAAAGAUUCCACUUCAGAAAAACACUGUUUACUCCCAAAAACAGUUUGUGGGUGGAAUUCACUGUCCUAGAGGUCACUGUCCUUGGCAGGUGUUGAUAGAUUAUAAUGGUGAGAGUCUGUGCGGAGCGGCUCUUCUGGACGAUAACUGGGUGGUAACCGCUGCACACUGCGUCCAUCACAAGGACAUAAAGCGUUUGAAGGUCAUCACAGGUGAUCAUGACCUGGACGUGAUGGACGGCUCGGAGGAGGCGUAUAAUGUCGCUCGUGUGGUCAUCCAUGAGAACUACGACCCCGUGUCACUCGAUAGCGACCUGGCCCUCCUGCAGCUGAGCGAGGAAGCCAAGCGCUCCGCGUACGCCGUGCCCGUUUGCCUGCCGACGCCACAGCUGGCGCAGGGCGAGCUCGAGGCCGUCCGCUUCCACGCGCUCAGCGGAUGGGGCAAGCGAACCGUAGGGGACAACAUCCACCCGUCCAAAGGCCUCGAAGCCCCGUCGUCCUCCACACUGCAGCGGCAGGCCGUCCCCCUGUUGCCCGCAGCGCAGUGUGCAGCGAAGAGCGGCGUCAACGUCACCGCAAACAUGUUCUGCGCGGGUUACGCCGAGGGCGGCAAGGAGUCCUGCAGGGGACACGACGGCAGUCCGCUCGUCACCCGCUACGAUGGAACGUCCUUCCUGACGGGCGUCGUGUCGUGGGGUAAAGGCUGCGAUCAGCCGGGGUACUAUGGGAUUUACACCAAAGUGGCCAACUUCUUGAAAUGGCUUGAGACGGUUAUGAAAACCCCCGUCGAGCAGCUGAAUAUCAGCAGGUCUCCAGUUGAGCCGACUGCUCACAAUUAACGUCUCUAACAGAGAUUUGAAAUAAAACAAUCAGUUGUUUCUGA